CGUGUUUCCGUGUUUUUCUUUCUCGUUACAUUGCAGCCGCAUAUCCUGUUCCCCUAGCUGCCAAGCAGAUCGUGUCAACCGUAGCGGCACCAACCAUUGCACCACCUGCUCACAUCAAGCAAUUAAUUCCCGUGACGACCGCCACCACCACAACCCAUCACGGGAAGGGUAUGAGUUAUGCCACUUUCACGCAGCAGGUCAAUCCUGCCGUUUUGUCUCAGUUGCAAACUCAUGUUCCCUACUAUAAUACCGCCGCAUCGGCCUCAAAUUAUCACCAACUUCAGCAGCAGCAACAACAACAACAACAACAACAGCUACAACAACAAUCUCAGCAACAAAAUCUACACUAUCAACAACCACGCUAUCAGGUGUACUCCACGGUAGCAACACCGGCACAGAAGUCAGGAUUUUACUACACCACCCAGUAUGCCCACCCAUCGAUUCCAGCAGCCGUCUAUGCUACGGCAGCAACACCGGUACAACAGCAGCAGCAGCAGCAACAACAGCAACAGCAAUCACAGCAACAACAACAACAGCAAUCCACUCACUAUGGAACGCAUCUUUACCAGCAGCCUCAAACCUCCUACACACCGCUGGCCAAAAUCACGUACGCUCCGGGAGCAGCAUCCCUGCAGAAAGGAUUCUAUCCGAUUCAGUGAAGAAAAUAAAAUAAAAAAAAGUGGAAAUUGCUGCAGUUCGAACGUGGUGAUUGGCCGUGUACCUAAGCUUUCAUGGCGAUUGUUUCUCCUUUACUUAUGGUUUCAUAUUUAUUGGUUUUCUUAGAUAGGACCUAACGUUCAUUGUUGAUUUUUGCCAAAUAGUUUCUAAGUGUAUUGGUAAGCUGACUGAUAAAUAAAUGUGGAGAAGAUAAACAUAUUUUGUUCCGAAUGAAAUGGUUCUAUUAAUUUGGCGCCAAAAUCCUAUUUAUUAAAUUAUGGAUGGAGUGAAUGCAUCCGGUUUUUAAACCCAAUUUCACGCUAUUGAGAUUCAACUUGGAAAGGGAUGGACAAAUUCUAGCAAUAAAUCAAGUGGAACAUACCACCUAUCAGAUUCGAUCACAAUCACUGCCUGCCGGUGAUGGAUAAUAAAUAUUUUGCGUGGAUUGUAGCUGCCACAAAUUGUAGCUUCAAUUUCGAUUCGGAAAUUAAUAUCGGUUUUUCUGAGCAUUCACCCAAAAAAUCAUUGUUCCUUUUCAAGGAA